GCCGGGCCGAGCCGGGCGGCGGCGGAGCCGGAGCCGGGAUCGGGAUCGGGAUGGAGCGGGCGGCGGGGCCCGGAACCGGCACCGGUUCGGCGCUGGCAGCCUCGCUGGCCGAGGGGCUGAUCAAAUCGCCGCGGCCGCUGAUGAAGAAGCAGGCGGUGAAGCGGCACCACCACAAGCACAACCUCAAGCACCGCUACGAGUUCCUGGAAACGCUGGGCAAAGGCACCUACGGGAAGGUGAAGAAAGCCCGGGAGCGCUCGGGGAAGCUGGUGGCCAUCAAAUCCAUCCGGAAGGACAAAAUCAAGGACGAGCAGGACCUUGUGCACAUCCGCAGGGAGAUUGAGAUCAUGUCCUCCCUCAACCACCCCCACAUCAUCGCCGUGCACGAAGUGUUUGAGAACAGCAGCAAGAUCGUCAUCGUGAUGGAAUACGCCAGCAAGGGCGACCUGUACGACUACAUCAGCGAGCGGCAGCGCCUCUCCGAGCAGGAGGCGCGGCACUUCUUCCGCCAGGUCGUGUCCGCCGUCUACUACUGCCACAAGAACGGGAUCGUGCACCGGGACCUGAAGCUGGAGAACAUCCUGCUGGACGCCAACGGGAACAUCAAGAUCGCAGAUUUCGGGCUGUCCAACGUUUUCCAGCAGGACAAGCUGCUGCAGACCUACUGCGGCAGCCCCCUGUACGCGUCCCCCGAGAUCAUCAACGGGCGGCCCUACAGGGGCCCCGAGGUGGACAGCUGGUCCCUGGGUGUCCUCCUCUACAUCCUGGUCCACGGCACGAUGCCCUUCGAUGGCCACGACUACAAGACUCUGGUCAAGCAGAUCACGAGCGGCGACUACCGGGAGCCCACCAAGCUCUCAGAUGCCUGCGGGCUGAUCCGGUGGAUGCUGAUGGUGAACCCCGAGCGCCGGGCCACCAUCGAGGACAUCGCCACGCACUGGUGGGUCAACUGGGGCUACAGGAUGCCGCUGGGCGAGCAGGAGCUGCUGCGGGACAGCGAAUCCCCGCUGGCCACGGUGGCCGAGUGGCUGCGCCGCUCGUCGCGGCCGCUGCUGGAGAACGGCUCCAAGGUGCGCUGCUUCCUCAAGCAGCACAUCCCCGGCGCGGCCCUGGAGCGGCAGCGCUCCCUCAAGAAGUCCAAGAAGGAGAACGACGUCUCGCACGGGCCGCAGGAGGUGCCCGCGGGUCCCGAGAACCCCUCCAAGUCCAUCCUCAAGCGGCCCAAGGGCAUCCUGAAGAAGAGGAACUCGUGCGAGCAGAAGGUGCCGGGCCCGGGGCCGCCGCCGGGGGAGGACGCGGAGGGGCUGCCCGGGGGGCUCUCCCGGAUCCCGCCCGCGGGAGCAGCGCCCAGGAAGGGAAUCCUGAAGAAGCCCUCGGCCCGGGAGUCGGGCUAUUACUCAUCACUGGAGUGCUCCGAGUCCGGGGAUGUGCUGGACGCGGCGAGCUUGGACCUGGACGGGGCCGUGUUCGCCGAGCCCCCCUCGCCGCCCCCGCCGGGGCUCCCGGCCCGCAGGAAAGGCAUCCUCAAACACAGGGGCAAGUUCUCCUCGGGCGGCGCCGAGCCCGGGAGCUCCCCCGGGAGGGGCUUCGGGGCUUUCGGCGAGGUGUCCCUGCCGCAAACCCCCCGUGCCCGCCCGGCCAGCGCCGUCAGCGAGGACAGCAUCCUGUCCACCGAGUCCUUCGACCGCCUGGAGCUGCCCGCCCGCGGCCCGCCCGGCGCCGGGGCCAUGCGGGGCUGCGCGUCCGCCGAGAGCCUCCUGCGGCUGGAGGAGGAGGAGGAGCGGGAGGAAGGGCGGCGGCUGCGCCGCUGGACUGUCACCCACUGCCGCAGCCCCUUGGCGGAGAGCAGCGCGUCGCUGGCGGGCUGUGACAAUGACACCGAGCUCUACCGGCGCGCCGUGGCCGUCGGGGUGAAGCUGAGCUGAGCUCGCCUCCCUCCCCGCAGGGCUCCCCCGGGGGGCUGUGGCGCGUUUUGGGGAGGGGGCUGAGCCUCCCUUCCUUCCCCGGUGCUGCUGAUCCACAUCCCACGGGUUUAUUUGGCAGCCUCGGGGCCUGGGGAUGCCCCGGGGCAGGGACAUUUAAUGGACCAAAGCCCCCAAAGUGACCCCCGAGGAGGGGCUGGGGGUCCCCCGGAGGCUCCUCGCUGCCGUCCUGCC